UUGAAGCAGCUCAGAACUUGGCGAUGGUUCCAGACCGGGUAUACUGUAUUAAAGGGUGCUACUUCAACUCAAUUUAGCUGUGUUGCAUACACUGUCCUAGAUGUAGACUAUUUGUUAUUAUUGUGCAGCAUACUACCUGCGUUAUCUAAAAUAACAACUCAGAUAACACACCAAGUCUAUUUUAAAGAGGACAAUUGAGCUAUGAAUUAGGUAUCCUUAUUUUGGAGUUAGUUUAAAAGUUAUUCUUGGGGAUAGACUUUUCUGCUAAGACAUUUAUGUUCCUCUGUUUUCUCUCUCAUGGGGAUAUAGAGAAUGGCAUAAACCGAAAAGUGAUGGACAGAGGAGAGAAGUCAUCUGGCUACUACGGAAUUUCAGCGCAGGCGAAGUCUAUUGUCUGCACUCUGUAACGUUACUCUACACUCCACCGUUGGGCUUUGCCGCUGACAAUGAAGAUGAGGACGGUAUGCAGAUGGAUUGGUCAAGACAAGCUUCCAAUAUAGAUCUAGAUCUAUAGAUCUGCUGCUGUGGACGUGCUUGAAGUGACUGACUGAGUGACUGACCUACCGAUGGAUUCUAGCAUCACCACCUCCCAUGAUGAGUGGCUGACAUGAGCUCCAAGGGAAACGCCAGUGAGGUCUGGAAGUGUCUGCUGCCCUCAGGAGGAAUCUGAGUGUCUCAGAGACGUUCUCUGGAUGAGACCUGGAUGAGACAAGAAGAGAAGAAGAAGUAGUGAGAACAUUCCCCCCCACAGAGGACCCAAACCAUGGGCUUGUUAUGGUGCCAGGCACGCCGGACUGAUCGUGUGUUCCUAGCCCGUCAGUAGCACCACCACCCCCCUCACCCCUCCUCCCCCCAACCCCAUGUCAGACCUUUCUCUGAAUGAUGGAAAUUUUGCGGAAGACGCUGACAUGUAUAUUGAUAUUGAGCCUGGUGGUGGUCAUGGCUUCCUCUGAAUUUCAAAGAAUUUCGCACAACUCACAAGUGGAGUACCUGUCCUACCUGCAGCACUACCAGCUGACUGUGCCGAUGCAGGUGGACGAGAAUGGGGACUUCCUCAGCUACACUGUGAAACACCACCGGCCCGGUCGCAGGAGACGAACCGCCGACCCAACCAGCACCACCGUCGGCCCAGAGUCAACCGACCACGUCGAACAGGACCCGGCCCAGACCCGAGUCUUCUACAGACUGUCUGCUUACGGAAAGCACUUUCACUUAAACUUGACCCUCAACCCCCAGCUGGUGUCCAAACAUUUCACAGUGGAGUACUGGGGGAGAGAAGGCCUGGAGUGGAGACAUGACAUGGUGGAGAACUGCCACUAUGUAGGAUACCUGCAGGAUCAGUACAGCUCCACCAGAGUAGCACUCAGUAACUGUAAGGGCUUGCACGGUGUUAUUACCACAGAAGAAGAGCAGUAUUUAAUAGAGCCAUUCAAGAAUAUAUCGUCCACCACUUCCAGCCAAUGGGACCAGGGAGAAGGACAGCAGCAUGUUAUUUAUAAAAAGUCUUCCAUUCCCUCGCCACAGCAGCAACCCAACCAACACGAGUUCGGCUGUGGCAUCUCAGACCUCACAAAAAACGCGAGCCCCUGCCAACAUAGCACUCCUUCCCCAACCUCUCCAACCUCCUCUCCCUCGUCCUCUCCCACCGCAGCCCCUGGGUCCAACAGCACCCUGCCCGGGGGGGGCCACAGACAGAGGCGGUCACUCAGCACGGAACGUUUCGUAGAGACCCUGGUGGUAGCUGAUAAGAUGAUGGUUGGUUACCAUGGCCGCAAAGACAUCGAGCAUUACAUCCUGUCUGUGAUGAAUAUUGUUGCCAAACUGUACCGUGAUGCCAGCCUAGGAAACGUUGUGAACAUUAUAGUAACCCGCCUGAUCGUACUGACUGAAGACCAGAAGUUCUGGGUUGUGGAUGUGUUUCAGAAUGUUCUGGGUUGUGGGAUGUGUUUCAGAAUGUUCUGGGUUGUGGAUGUGUUCAGAAUGUUCAGGGUUGUAGAUGUGUUCAGAAUGUUCAGGGUUGUGGAUGUGUUCAGACUGUUCAGAGUUGUGGAUGUGUUCAGAAUACUGUUCAGGGUUGUGGAUGUGUUCAGAAUGUUCAGGGUUGUGGAUGUGUUCAGAAGGUUCUGGGCUGUGGAUGUGUUCAGAAGUUUCAGGGUUGUGGAUGUGUUCAGAAGGUUCUGGUUUGUGGAUGUGUUCAGACUGUUCAGGGUUGUGGAUGUGUUCAGAAGGUUCUGGGUUGUGGAUGUGUUCAGACUGUUCAGGGUUGUGGAUGUGUUCAGAAGGUUCUGGGCUGGGAUGUGUGAGCCGGAGAGGAGUUGCAGCAUCAAUGAAGACAUCGGCCUGGGUUCUGCUUUCACCAUCGCUCACGAGAUUGGCCACAAUUUCGGGAUGAACCAUGAUGGAAUAGGAAACUCAUGUGGGACUAAAGGCCAUGAGGCAGCCAAGCUGAUGGCGGCCCACAUCACAGCUAACACCAACCCCUUCUCCUGGUCGGCCUGCAGUAAGGACUAUAUCACCAGCUUCCUCGACUCAGGUCGGGGGACGUGUCUGGACAAUGAACCUCUGAAACGAGACUUCCUGUACCCAACAGUGGUCCCGGGGCAGGUGUACGACGCAGACGAGCAGUGUCGCUUCCAGUAUGGAGCUUCCUCACGACAGUGCAAAUAUGGGGAAGUGUGUAGAGAGCUCUGGUGCCUUAGCAAAAGCAACCGCUGUGUCACCAACAGUAUCCCUGCUGCUGAGGGGACCCUGUGUCAGACUGGCAGCAUCGAGAAAGGGAAGUGUGGACGCGGAGGCUGGGGUCCCGGGUCGUCGUGGGGGGAGUGCAGCGGAACCUGCGGAGGGGAGGUCUCGUCCUCCAUUGAGGACAAUUGUGACAGCCCAGCUAAGCCUUCUGGAGGAGGGAGGUACUGUCUCGGGGAGAGGAAGCGCUACAGAUCGUGUAACACAGACGCAUGUCCAUCGGGAUCCCGGGACUUCCGGGUGAAGCAGUGUGCCGACUUCGACAGCAUGCCGUUCCGUGGGAAAUACUACAACUGGAAGCCCUACACUGGAGUGCUGCACGUUGGCUGUGACAACAUCCUGGGUUCGGACGCCAAGGAGGACCGCUGUCGGGUGUGUGGAGGGGACGGCAGCACCUGUGAGACCACAGAGGGACUGUUCAAUGACUCCCUACCCAGAGGAGGUUACAUGGAGGUUGUUCUGAUACCAAGGGGAUCAGUCCACAUAGAAAUCCAAGAAAUUGCCAUGUCCAAGAACUACAUCGCAUUGAAGUCAGAGGGAGAUGACUACUUCAUCAACGGAGCGUGGACCAUCGACUGGCCCAGGAAGUUUGACAUCGCAGGGACAGCGUUCCACUACAAGAGACCACUUGACGAACCUGAGUCGCUAGAGGCCCUGGGGGCCACCACGGACAACCUGGUCGUCAUGGUUCUUCUCCAGGAGCAGAACCUGGGGAUCCGUUAUAAGUUCAACGUUCCCAUCCAGAGAACAGGAAGUGGGGACAAUGAGGUGGGCUUCUCCUGGCACCAUCUGGCCUGGUCCGACUGCUCCGCCACCUGUGCUGGAGGUUCUCAGAAGCAGGAAGUGCUGUGUAAGCGUCUGGAUGAUAACUCGGUGGUGCAGAACAGCUACUGUGACCCAGACAACAAACCUCCGGAGAACCAGAGGUCCUGCAACACUGAACCGUGCCCCCCGGAGUACGUACACUCGGACUGGCUCUACUGUUGGAAGACGUGUGACGCGGGAUCGGACCUCGGAGGUGUCUGGCAUGCAGGAAAGAUGGGCCUGCUGAUGAGGUAGACCCUGGAGGACAGCCACUGUCUGACGCACCGACCAAUAGAACGAGAGGCCUGCAACAACCAGUCCUGCCCCCCUCGGUGGGUCACUCUGGAUUGGUCAGAGUGUACGCCCAAAUGUGGCCCUGGGUUCAAGCACCGCAUUGUGCUGUGUAAGAGCAACGACCUGACCAAGACCUUCCCCCCCGCCCACUGUCCCUCCCACAAUAAGCCCCCCGUCAGGAUCCGCUGUAGUCUGGGACGCUGUCCGCCACCUAGAUGGAUCCCAGGGGAAUGGGGACAGUGCUCAGCGCAGUGUGGGCUGGGCCAGCAGAUGCGGACGGUGCAGUGUCUCUCCUACACGGGCCAGCCCUCCAGUGACUGUACCGAGGGCCUCAGACCCACUGCCAUGCAGCAGUGUGAGAGCAAGUGUGACGCCAUGCCCAUCGCCAACGGUGACGAAUGCAAAGACGUAAACAAAGUGGCAUAUUGCCCACUGGUGCUGAAGUUCAAGUUCUGUGGCCGUGCGUACUUCAGACAGAUGUGCUGCAAGACGUGCCAAGGACGCUGACCCACUGAGAGAGAGAACGGGAGGAAGACAGAGAGGAAGAGAAGGAGCUGGAGGGGAACGAGAGAGACAGACAACGGGAAGAGUGAAAGAAACGCAAGACCAGUAGAAGAGGAGGAGGAACGAGGAUUAGGAGACACUGGGACGAGAGAAGAAAAGAGGGAUUUCGCCCGUUUGUUACACCUGCUACCCCCUCACACUCCUCCCCCCCACACCCCAUCAUCACCGUGGAAACCUAACCACUGCUCAGCGGACAAGCUGACACAGACGUUUAUUGCUGUCACUUCUGUGAAGUGGGAACCUUAGAGGACUACUGUUACUGAUGUUAUUUUUAUUAUAAUAAUAAUAAUUAAUAUUAUUUUUUAUUAUUUCAUUGUCGUCUGAUUGUUGUCGUUGUUCGUUGUUGUUGUUGUUUGAAUCCAACGUGCUGGACACAUCACACAUAGAGCAGAAGCACCGCAGGGAUGUAGGGAGUAGCCACUGGAAGGAGAGGAAAGGAGAGGAGGAAGGAGUGUAGCUUAGAAAUGGAGGUGGGUGUCGUAAUGGUGCUAUACGGAUAGACAGACAGACUGUUGCUCCGGUGCACUAGCGUGCGUGAAUAUCCCAUCAAUUACACCUAGACACUCCCACAUCACCAAACCCACCAGUACUGUAAUGAACUCCCGUUCAAGACGUCAUCGCCCGUGGUGACGUCUUGUCUGUGACUAUGCCACGUGUUGUCAAUGGAGUCCUGGGGGGCGAUGAGAUGACAGAGUGCAUGUUUCUAAACAUGUUCUGUGCUGGAACCAGAAAACGAGGUGCUUUGUCUGGAGUUAUUGCUACUUCCGUGUUAUCAGAGGAGCUGAACACAAGGUCAGGGGGUGCUACGGUCAGAUCAUUCUUCUGUUGUAUGUCUGCGUCUCUUCUUUUCUGUUCUCGAAAGGAGGGGUGCCUUCGUCUCAAACAACACUCACGUUGUGCCAGAACCUUUAAGAAGGAGGCCCAUUGUUGAUGCAAAAUAAUGGAUUUGUGAAAAGUCCCUAAUAUUGCAAACCGCACCGUUUGUCAUUGAAGUAAGUACUGAACUGGCUUUGAAGUACCUUAUUGUUGUUACCAUUAUCGUUAUUAUCAUGUAGUUAUUAUCAUGUAGUGGUUAUACUCCACCUCCAAAUAGCCUCAUCAAAAUGCAUUGGAGAUAGUUACUAUUCGUGAACUAUGCUGUAAUCAAAGCCGGAGGACCUCUGUAUCAGCUCUAUAACAGUGUAUGUGUAGUGCCGGGGUUUCAUCAGCGUGGGAAGAACGCACGGCCUCUUCAGCACUGUGACUGGAGUUAAGUGAAGGGCCAGUACUCGCACACACACACUCGCACACACACGUCCCUCCCAGCAGACCACGACGUGUUGCCAGACCACGCAGAUCCGGUCUGCCUCAGACAGACUACCUCCAGAUACUGUCACCCCCCCCUCCUCUUUGCUCCCCACCUCCAUUCUUCAAAGAGAGUACAAAAAGCAAAUAACAGAAUAUUAUGCAACACAGUGGUGCUUUUUUUUAUUCUUUUUUUUUUAUUCCGGUGGAAUACUGUUUGUUUCCGUUGCCGCCUCCUCGUUUCUUCUUCCUCUUCAAGUGGGAGGCCUUUCCUGGCUUCACCCUGUCCUCCCCCAGGCUCUUCUCCCUGGCUCUUCUCCCUGGCUCUUCUCCCAGGCUCUUCCCCCAGGCUCUUCUC